AUGAAGGAGGAGCUCGGGUUUGUUCCCACGGCGGAGGUCAGGACGGCGCAGGUUCGACUCCGGAGGUGCGGCUGGACCAAUGAGAGCGCGGGUUCCUCAGGGGCCAAGUGUGAGACUCUCAGGAGAGAGGGCCGCUCCGCACAGCCGCCCCGGGGCCACAGGAGCCGUCAGCACUCUCCGGACCUUCUGAGCGAACACAUGGAGAAAUCCAGAAACUUCCGCAUCGACGCGCUGCUGGCGCCCGCGGUGCAGAGUGGCCCCCCUGCGCCGCGCUCCAGGAGCCCCGCGGGCAGCCCCGAGCCGCGAGCCGUCGCUCGGAGCCAGUCCAAGUGCCCGCUCUUCAGCCUGUCGGGGGUCCCAGCUCUGACCCCGGGCGGGUUCCUGGGGCUCCAUCCUCUGGCGGCCCAGCACCCGGCCUUCAUGCACCCCGGGUUCACGCAGCUGCUGCAGCCGUACCCGGAGCCCCUGAGGACGGCGGCGGCGACCGGAGCGCACCCGCUGGAGCCCUGGAUCCGCGCCGGGAUGAUGAUGACGCCCCGAGCCGGGGAGUUCGGAGCUCCGGGCCCGGCGGGGCUCCUGGCCAAGGGCCGCAGGCCCCGCACCGCCUUCAGCAGCCAGCAGCUGCUGGAGCUGGAGAAGCAGUUCCAGCUCAGCAGGUACCUGUCCCGGCCCAAGCGCUUCGAGGUGGCCACCGCCCUGACGCUGACGGAGACUCAGGUGAAGAUCUGGUUCCAGAACCGCAGGAUGAAGUGGAAGAGAAGUCGUAAAGCCAAGGAUCAGACCACGUCUCCGUUACUGACAGACACUGAUGUGGAUCCCCACAAGUGUCUGGGGGACUCUCACUGCUCCAGUCUGGAGGACGAAGAGGAGCUGGAGGAGGAGGAGGAGCGGGCGCCGGGUCCCUUGGUCGGCGUCAUGCGGCACGUGGCGGCAGCUGACGGCAGGAGGCCUCGGCAGGAGAGAUGGAGUUUAUGAUCUGCGAUCCAGAUCCAGUCUCACGUGCUUGAAUCGUGCUGGACACUGACAAACUCACCACUUCUGUCUGCUGAGGACGUGUCGUGGACGUGUUGGGUCCUCUGAUGUAUUUGAUGGUUGGAGUUUGAGUUUGACACCUUUGGCAUUUAUGCCUGAAUACAUAGUGUGUACAUAUGUAUUAGCACUUUCAUGGUCUGUAAUGGAACUCGGGACCAGUUCACCAUGUCGUUUAGUUAUUUAAAACUUUAGGAUUUUGUAGAGAACGUCUUUGAAGACGAACGCAGCAGUUUUUCUUUCUGUGUUUUGGAAGCUGUCGCCGUCCUGAGCCUCUUUGUCAAAUUAAUUUAUAGAUUUAAUAUAUAGACAUGAGUGGAAGGAUUCGUUUGUGUCGCUAAUUAAAGUUGGACUGU